UUUUUUUUUUCUUUUUCUUUUUAUUUACACAUCCCUUUUUCUUCAUACAACCAUGUCUGCUGAAACUGAAACCUUUUCUUUCCAAGCUGAAAUCUCUCAGUUGAUGAGUUUGAUCAUCAACACCUUCUAUUCUAACAAGGAAAUUUUCUUGCGUGAAUUGAUCUCCAACUCUUCUGAUGCUUUGGACAAGAUCCGUUACCAAUCCUUGACUGAUCCCUCUGUUUUGGACUCUGAAAAGAAAUUGUUCAUCCGUAUCACUGCUGACCGUGAAAACAAUAUUCUUAGCAUCCGUGAUUCUGGUAUUGGUAUGACCAAGGCUGAUUUGGUUAACAAUUUGGGUACUAUUGCCAAGUCUGGUACCAAGGCCUUUAUGGAAGCUUUGUCUUCUGGUGCUGAUAUCUCCAUGAUUGGUCAAUUCGGUGUUGGUUUCUACUCUGCUUACCUUGUUGCUGAUAAGGUUCAAGUCAUCACCAAGCACAAUGAUGACGAACAAUACAUUUGGGAAUCUGCUGCUGGUGGUUCUUUCACUAUUACCCGUGAUGAAGUGAACCCCUCUCUUGGUCGUGGUACUGAAAUGCGUCUCUACUUGAAGGAAGAUCAAGUUGAAUAUCUCGAUGAAAAGCGUAUCAAGGAUAUUGUCAAGAAGCACUCUGAAUUCAUCUCUUAUCCUAUUGAAUUGACCGUUGAAAAGGAAGUCGACGUCGAAGUCUCCGAUGACGAAGCCGAAGAAGUCAAGGAAGGUGAAGAAAAGCCCAAGAUUGAAGAAGUGGAUGAUGAAGAAGACAAGAAGGAAAAGAAGGAAAAGAAGACCAUCAAGGAAAAGGUCACUGAUAUUGAAGAACUUAACAAGACCAAGCCCCUUUGGACUCGUAAUCCUGAAGAUAUCAAGGAAGAUGAAUAUGCCAACUUUUACAAGACCCUCACCAACGACUGGGAAGAUCAUUUGUCUGUUAAGCACUUCUCUGUUGAAGGUCAAUUGGAAUUCCGUGCCAUCCUCUUUGUGCCCAAGCGUGCUCCAUUUGAUUUGUUCGAAGGCAAGAAGAAGCGUAACAACAUCAAGCUCUACGUCCGUCGUGUGUUCAUUAUGGAUGACUGUGAUGAAUUGAUCCCUGAAUAUCUUGGCUUCAUCAAGGGUGUUGUUGACUCUGAAGAUUUGCCCCUCAACAUUUCUCGUGAAAUGCUCCAACAAAACAAGAUCCUUAAGGUUAUCCGCAAGAACUUGGUCAAGAAGUGUAUGGAAAUGUUUGCUGAAAUCGCUGAAGACAAGGAAAACUUUGAAAAGUUCUACGAAGCCUUCUCCAAGAACAUCAAGCUCGGUAUUCACGAAGAUGCUCAAAACCGUGCUAAGCUCGCUGAUUUGUUACGUUACCAUUCUACCAAGUCUGGUGAUGAAAUGACUUCUCUCAAGGAUUACGUUACCCGUAUGCCCGAAAAGCAAAAGAACAUUUACUACAUCACUGGUGAAUCUCGUGCCGCUGUCGAAAACUCUCCCUUCUUGGAAGGUUUCAAGAAGAAGGGCAUUGAAGUCUUGUUGAUGACUGAUCCUAUUGAUGAAUACGCCACCACUCAACUCAAGGAAUACGAUGAUAAGAAGUUGGUCUGCAUUACUAAGGAAGGUGUGGAAAUCGAAGAAGAUGAAGAAGAAAAGAAGGCUCGUGAAGAAGAAGAAAAGAAAUAUGAAAACCUUUGCAAGACUGUCAAGGAAAUCCUUGGUGAUAAGGUUGAAAAGGUGGUUGUGUCCAACAAGCUUACUGACUCUCCAUGUGUUCUCACGACUGGUCAAUUCGGCUGGUCCGCCAAUAUGGAACGUAUCAUGAAGGCUCAAGCUCUCCGUGACAACUCUAUGUCUGCUUACAUGGCUUCCAAGAAGACUUUGGAAUUGAACCCUAGCCAUCCUAUUGUCAAGGCUCUUGAAGCUAAGGUUACUGCCGAUUCUGGUGACCGUACCGUUAAGGAUCUUACUACUUUGUUGUAUGAAACCUCUUUGUUGACCUCUGGUUUCUCUCUUGAUGAUCCUUCCGAUUUCGCCAAGCGUAUCAACCGUAUGAUUGCCCUCGGUCUUUCUAUUGAUGAAGAAGAAGUUGCUGAUGAAAUCAUUGAAGAUGCUCCUGCUGCCGAAUCUGCUGAAACCUCCAAGAUGGAAGAAGUGGAUUAAAAAAGAGGAAUUUUUUUUUUAUUAUUUACAUAGUUUGAAUUACCCCCAUUUUAUCAUUUUUUUUAUAGUAUAGUAUAGUAUAUUUUUUUAUCAUUUACAAAAGAAAAAGAACUGAUUUUUUAUAGUAUCAUCAUGUUUGAAACCUUUUUUUAUAAAAGUUUGUCCAAAUGUAUAUUUUUUUUUAUUUACAAAUCCAA